AUGGAUCUGUUGAGCAAUUUACCAGACGAGGUUCGUUGUCACAUACUGUCCUUUCUCACUACAAAGGAGGCAGCUUUAACCUCGGUUCUCUCUAAGAAGUGGCGCAAUCUGUUCGCGCUCGUCCCUAAUCUUGACGUGGAUGACUCUGAGUUUCUUCAUCCGGAAGAGGGUAAGCGGGAAAGAGACGGUAUCCUUGAGAGCUUCAUGGGCUUUGUGGAUAUGGUAUUGGCUUUGCAGGGCAACUCUCCCAUUCAUAAAUUCUCCCUCAAGUGUAAAGAUGGUGUUUGUGAAGCUCGUCUGAAUCGUUGGAUCUGUCAAGUGCUGCAGCGUGGUGUGUCGAACCUCGAUCUUUCCAUCGAUAUCAGAGACGCUUAUCUGCCUCAGGAGAUGUUCGUCUCUAAGACAUUAGUCAACCUGAAACUAGCAAGUGCAUGUGGUAUUCACUGGUGGACUGGAGCUGAAGGCACUUGCUUACCAGUGCUUAAAAGUCUUUGUGUUCUCUCGGGGAGGAUUUUUUGUGAUGAUAAGCUUCAGGUGAUGCUUCCAGCUUGUUUUCCUGUCCUUGAGGAUUUACGAAUGGCUAAUAUGGAGUGGAUUGAUUCUGAUGAAACUGUGUCAAGUGCAACCCUCACUAACCUACUUAUUAGCGGCUUCCCCCCUGAAAAUCUGAAGAGCAUUUCCUUUGAUGCUCCAAAUCUGAUUUCCUUAUUCUACUCUGAUUUUGUUGCGGAGGACUAUCCAUUAGUCAAUAUGAAAAACUUAUCCCAGGCUCGAAUCGUCCUUAGAGCAAAUGACGAUCAGAUCAAGCGACUUAGAGGGCCAAAUAAUGUUCUGUUAGAGGAUGAUGUCGUUCACCAUUUUGGCAAUGUGGUGAAGCUCAUGAAUGGCAUACAAAAUGUUCGGGAACUUCACUUGUGUCCUGAUACUCUCGAGGUGCUUUCUCUAUGCUGUGAAUCUCUGCCAGUGUUCAACAAUGUCAAAACUUUAGGUAUUUACAGUGAAGAGGUUCGAGGAUGGCAAGCUGUGCCUGCUCUUCUAAGGAAUUGCCCACAUCUAGAAAUCCUAACCUUUGAGGGUCUCGUGCACUAUGUGACAGAUAAAUGCGGGGAUGCUUGCAGCUGCAUUUAUCGCAAGGACAAAGGCAGUUCGCUCACAACUUCUCCGGUGAAAGUGGUAAAGGUUAGAGGGUUUGGAGUAACAAUGAAAGAGUUGCACAUGGUAGAGCAUUUCUUGGACUAUUUCCCAUGUUUGAAAGAGAUGAACCUCUACAUUGAAGAGCAUACCCUUACACAACUUGGAAAAAACCCUCAAGUUUCUGAAAUCUUGGAGAUGAUUGAAGAGUACAAGGAGUUAUAUAGUUGCAAAGUCCGGCUAUACGUGUCUCAUACGUUGACUACACAAAGCCCCUUCGGAAUUUGA